AUGGUGGUCCAGAACGUGGUCAUUUAUCUUCAAAAAACACCAGAAGAGGCUUACAGAUCUCUCGUAGCAGGAAAGAACCCUCCUUAUCUGCCAUUCAGAGAUGCCUCCUUUGGAAACUCCACAUAUCACCUAACCAUUCUAGAUUGUUUGCAUGCAAUUAAUCAGGCCCUCCAACAUGGCUUUCUAAAUUUUGAAAAAUUUGAUGUGGAUGAAUAUGAGCACUAUGAGCGUGUAGAAAAUGGUGAUAUUAACUGGAUCAUCAGUGGCAAGUUUCUGGCUUUCAGUGGACCCCAUCCAAAAAGCAAAGUUGAAAAUGGUUAUCCUCUCCAUGCUCCAGAAGCAUAUUUUCCAUACUUCAGAAAACAUGGUGUUACCACAAUAAUCAGACUUAACAAGAAAAUUUAUGAUGCUAAACGCUUUACCGACGCUGGGUUUGAACACUACGACCUUUUCUUUGUUGAUGGAAGCACACCUAGUGAUUCCAUAGUGAAAAGGUUUUUAACGAUUUGUGAAAAUGAAGAAGGAGCUAUUGCUGUGCAUUGCAAAGCUGGUUUAGGACGAACAGGUACGUUAAUAGCCUGUUACAUAAUGAAACACUACAGGUUCACUGCAGCAGAAGCCAUAGGAUGGAUUAGGAUAUGUCGACCAGGAUCUAUAAUAGGCCCACAGCAGCACUUCUUGGAGGAGAAGCAAGGCCACAUGUGGCUUGAAGGUGAUAUUUAUAGGUCCUUGAAAAAACGGCAGAGUAACGAUAAAGAAUGCACUGGAUUAUCCCGGAUCAUUUCUGGCAUUGACAGUCUUUCACUUGGUGGGAACAUGAAAAUGAACUCCAUAGAUAAAACAAUAGAGAACAAUUAUACAGAAGAUGGAAGUCCAGCAACAACAAAUUAUAUGACUCAGGGAGAUAAACUUCGUGCCUUAAAAAGUAGGAGACAACCACGAUCAGCAACAACAGGAACACUAAGGUUAGAUGAUAUGAAAAUUCAUUCAAGAUCUCCGUCACAGCCAUUCAGGUAAGCAAAUGUAUUUUAAUUUUUGUAAUUUUUCCAGAUUGUGCUGUUUAAAAUGACAGCAUAGGUAAAUACGGAAAUGGCUGGUUUUUGGAUAUCGCUGAAAAAUUAAGGAAAGGUUUGAAAAUGCACAACUAGUUAAACACUCUAUUUUUUUAAAAGAAAAACUAGCAUCCCUGUAACUAGACAUAGACAAUGAAAGUAAUUCAAUUUCUUUAUUCUAAGUAUUUGCAAAUUACAUUUCAGGAAAUAUGCAUAGCAGAUUGAAAGUAGGUGAUACAGGACCUUGUUACCGACAUAGAUGUGAAAUUUAUAAAGUGUUUCAACUGUACAAAAUCUUCCAGGAUGUUGGAAAAGAGCAUAAUUAGAUAAAAACUGUCAGUGAGCCAAAAAAGGAAAUGUGGAAAGAAGUGACGAUAAGCUUGGCCAAGGAGCUACAGGAAAGCAGAGAGAUUUAGGGAGGUAUUCUUAUUCUUUGGACAAUAGGAUCUGAAAGCAUAGCAGCCAUAAUACCGGGUAAGAGCCUGUGAGUUGCACAAGAUGGCAGGGUUGAAGGAACACCGAGCAGUUGGAGAGCUGGAGGCAUUAAAACAAUGGAGAAGAGUAAAACCAUGAAGAGAUCAAGGCAUCAAGAGACUGGCAACCAUUGCUCGUGAUGUAUAAGUAGAACUUGGUUAGGUUAGAAUAAGGAUAGUAGUUGAGGUUAAGUUUGCAGAAAAUAAUGACUGGCCAGGACAAUGGAUCUCUUUUCUGCAAGUUGUAAACUGUGUUAUCCUGGUAGCUUUAUUGAGAGACUAUCUUGAAUUUUUUUAAUUUUAUUUGAUAUCUGUUAGAACUGCUGACA